AUGGACGCCGAGGCCGGCACCCCCCUCCUGGACCAGGCCCAUGGCCACGGCACGCCCUGGAACCUGCGCGGCACGUUUGGCGCCUCGCUGGCGGGCCUCACCGCGCUGCUGCUGGGCCUGCUGGCCGGCUUUGGCCGCUUUGCCCCCGACAUCGACGACACCCACGUGGGCCAGUACUACUCGUACCUCACAGACGUCUACGUCAUGAUCUUCCUGGGCUUUGGCUUCCUCAUGACCUUCCUCAAGCGCUACUCCUACUCCGCGGUCUCCCUCAACUACGUCACCUCCUGCCUGGUCAUCCUGGAGGCGGUGUUGGCCUGCGGGUGGGCGCAGCAGGGCUGGGGCGCGGUGGCCGUGGACCUCCCGCUGCUCAUCGACGCCGCCUUUGCCGCCGGCGCCGCCAUGAUCUCCUUUGGCGCGGUGCUGGGCAAGGCCACGCCCGCGCAGCUGGUGUGGCUGCUGGCGCUGGAGGUGCCGCUGUACGCGGCCAACGCGCAGCUGGUGGCAGGCAGGUGGGGCGCGCUGGAUGUCGGCGGCUCCAUCACCAUCCACGCCUUUGGCGCCGUGUACGGCGUGGCGGCCGCCGCCUUCUUGGCGCCGCGCGGCUCGGGGUCGGCCCACCCUAAGAGUGGCGCCUCCUACGUCUCAGACAUGACCGCCAUGCUGGGAACCAUCUUCCUGUUCAUCUACUGGCCUUCCUUCAACGGCGCCCUGGCCUCCGCCCCAGGCGAGAAGGCACAGCCCCAGGUGUACUGCAUCAUGAACACCGUGGUGGCGCUGUUGGGCGCCGUGCUGGCCGCCUUUGCCGCCUCGGCCGCCGCCACCGGCAAGCUGGACAUGGUGCACAUCCAGAACGCCACACUGGCGGGGGGCGUCGCCAUCGGCUCCUCCGCCAACCUGGCCAUGCCGCCCGCCUGCGCCCUGGCAGUGGGCAUCACUGCCGGCGCGCUGUCCACCGCGGGCUACCUGGUGCUGAGCCCCUUCCUGGAGGGCAAGUGCGGCAUCACCGACACGUGCGGCGUGGCCAACCUGCACGGCGCGCCCGGCAUCUGGGGCGGCCUCGCCUCCGCCCUCUUCUCCUGGCUCUUCGCCGCCGGCGCCAACAAGAAGCUGAUCGUGCACGGCGCCAGCCAGCCCGCGGUGCAGCUGGCCGCGCUGGGGUGCACGCUGGCGGCGGCCGCGGCGGGCGGCGCGCUGGCGGGUUUCCUGGUCAGCAAGGCCGACCCGGCCAAGCAGUCCCUGGAAGAGGGCGACCUUUAUGAGGAUGCCGUGUUCUGGCAUGAGGUGGAGGGGGAGGAGCACAAGGAGGAGUGA